AGCUUCAGCUUCUCUUCUCUGAUUUGAAAAAAAAAAAAAAACAGCAGCAGCAGUGUCUCCCCUAUUUGUCUGAAACAAAGUUAUGACGAAGCUUCUAAAGAUCAAUCAUCAUCAUACCAUUCCUUUUGCCGGAGGGCUUUAUCGUACUACAACCAGAUCAAAUGUUGCUUCCUUGGCAUUGGCAACGUCACCCUUUCAGUUUUCUAGUGGAUAUUGCAGCAAAACUUGCAUCCCUUCCCGCUUGAAACUAGUCAGUAGUACUUGCUAUGCAACACUAUCUGCUGUUGUAAAGCCUCAAGAAUCAGCCUUUGAUGGAAAGGAAGCAGCUUUGCUUGUAGACGAGCUCAGAACCAACUUCAACACCGGCAGAACAAGGAGCUACGAGUGGAGAAUCUCCCAGCUUCAGAACAUCGCCAAGAUGAUCGACGAGAAGGAGAAAUGCAUCACCGAAGCGUUGUAUCAAGAUCUUUCCAAACCUGAGCUUGAAGCUUUUCUAGCUGAGCUGUCCAAUACAAAAUCAUCAUGUAUGCUUGCAAUCAAAGAGCUGAAGAACUGGAUGGCUCCUGAAACGGUUAAAACUUCUGUGACAACCUUUCCCUCAUCUGCACAAAUAGUCUCAGAACCUCUUGGAGUUGUUCUUGUUAUCUCAGCCUGGAAUUUUCCUUUCUUAUUGUCGGUUGAGCCAGUCAUUGGAGCUAUAUCAGCUGGUAAUGCAGUUGUUCUAAAACCUUCUGAAAUCGCUCCAGCGACAUCUUCUCUUUUAGCAAAGCUCUUUAGUGAAUACUUAGACGAGACAGCAAUCAGAGUUGUGGAAGGCGGAGUCCCUGAAACAACUGCACUGCUUGAUCAGAAAUGGGACAAGAUCUUCUUCACCGGUGGAGCAAGAGUUGGUCGCAUUGUAAUGGCUGCAGCUGCUAAAAACCUUACACCAGUCGUCCUAGAACUCGGUGGCAAGUGUCCAGCGCUUGUUGAUUCAGAUGUUAAUCUACAAGUUGCUGCUAGGAGGAUCAUAACAGGGAAAUGGGCUUGUAACAAUGGACAGGCUUGCAUUGGCGUUGACUACGUCAUCACAACAAAAGAUUUUGCACCAAAAUUGAUAGAUGCUCUGAAGACUGAACUGAAGACAUUCUUUGGAGAGAAUCCAUUAAAAUCCAAGGACGUGUCACGGAUAGUGAACUCUUUCCACUUCAAACGCUUGGAGAGUAUGAUGAAAGAGAAUGGAGUUGCUAACAAAAUUGUUCAUGGAGGCCAAACAAUGGAAGAUAAGCUAAAAAUAUCUCCAACGAUACUUGUUGAUGUGCCGGAGGAGUCUUCAAUGAUGCAGGAAGAGAUAUUCGGACCGUUGCUUCCUGUGAUUACCGUAUCAAAGAUUGAAGAUGGGUUUCAGGUUAUACGGUCGAAGCCAAAGCCUUUGGCAGCGUAUCUCUUCACAGACAACAAAGUGUUGCAGAACCGGUUCGUGGAGAACGUGUCUGCAGGAGGAAUGGGCAUCAAUGAGACCGUCUUACAUGUGACUUUGAAAGAUUUACCGUUUGGAGGAGUUGGGGAGAGUGGGAUUGGGGCUUACCACGGUAAAUUCUCGUAUGAGACGUUUAGCCAUAAGAAAGGAGUUCUUUACAGGAGCUUUGAUGGUGACUCGGAUCUGAGAUACCCUCCUUACACACCCGAAAAGAAGAGGGUGCUCAAGGCUUUGCUCUCUUCAGACAUAUUUGGUGCCAUUUUGGCUUUCUUUGGUUUCUCCAAGGACUCAUGAUCACAUGUUAUUAUCACUGAAAUUGCUGGAAAUUAUACAACUGAGAAUGAUUACGUACAUUAAGAGAUAAGAUCAAUGCGAAGAUUAGGGUAUGAAUAAAAAUA